AUGGUCAAUAUAACUGAGCACAAAGACAAAAGUGACGGACAGCAGUCAGUGGAGGCUACAGAGAAGAGCAUAUCCCAGUCACCCAGAGUGACACAGAAGGCUCCGUCAUGGCUGCCCAUCCUGGAGAAACACGACAUCCCAAUUGUGGUCGGUGUUGGUGUGUCCUUGGCAUUUAUUUUCAUCACAGUCACUUUUUAUUCCAUGGUCCAGAAGAAUGAGCCGAUCCUGACUAACAGAGCAGCUCAAAGAAAUGUAGGAGUCCCCAAACGCAGCACAAGCUGUCGAGCUGCUGGUCGGACUUAUGAAAACAGAGGUUUUGAAGAUGAUGACUGUGUGGCUGUGAUAGAACAGAGCCCAAACACUCGGGCGCGGCCCCCGGGUCCUGGUCUGGUCUCUGUGCAGCUGGAGAACACCUCUGAAGAGCCGGAUGUGUCAUCAGGUUUAGACCUGCACUCAGUCACAAUAGAGACCUACCCCGAACCCAUCCUCGACACAAAGAUCGACGACUCGCUGGAUGAGGAGAGUGGCCUGAGCCUUUCGCAGCCCAGCGUCCAGCUGCGGAGCGCAGAAGACUGGCUCAGUGGUGCAGAUGACAACCACAGUCGGUACCAGGACACACUGCCUCCCCCGUCCCUGCUGCCCUCUCCCUCCCCCUCUCCGUCACCCAGACUGCCUCAGAGCCUGCGCUCCUCGUUAACCCUGAGCGGCGAGCCGUCCACCGCUCCCCUUCACCACAGUCUGAGCGUCUGUCACAGCAGCUCGCCCCUGCACCUGUCCCACCAUGUCUCCAUUGGCUCCAUAAAUGUAGCUGUGGAUGUGAACAUCCAUCCAACGUGUUUCUCUUCCAUGUCUGUCCAGUCCAGCACGCAAAUCAGCGCAAGUUCAAUGUUAACUGCCCCAUUGGCUGGCAGUGAGGAGAACAACAAGUGA